AUGAGUAAAGGUAAGAGGGUGGUCUGCUACUUUUCUGCUGGUACCUAUGAAAACUGGAGACCAGACAAAGAUGACUUUCCUUCGGAUGCCCUCGGGAACAAAAUGAUUCACUGGGAGAAUGAAUGGUGGGUAGACAUUAGAGACACAAGGAUUAGGAAUAUAAUGGCUAAGCGCAUUGCUUUGGCAAAACGGCAUGGGUGCGAUGCUGUAGACCCGGAUAACGUUGAUGGUUAUACAAAUCAGAAUGGACUAGGCCUCACAGCUACCAAUCAGUUGGACUUUAACCGAUUCCUAGCAACAGAGGCUCACAACCAUGAACUUGCCAUUGGACUUAAGAAUGACUUGAAACAAAUCCAUGACUUGAUUCACAACUUUGACUUUGCUAUUAACGAGUCAUGUGAACAGUACCACGAAUGCCACUAUUAUCAACCAUUUUUCGAUGCCCGGAAGCCUGUCUUCCACAUAGAGUAUGUAGAUAGUACCUCGGAGGCUCACUCUCACCGCAGUACUAUCUGCAGUAACCGCCCCUCUGACAUGAACACGAUCAUAAAAGUACACCUUACUAACUUCAAGGUCGCCUGCUAAAUUAUAUGGUGUCUGGUUUAAUGUAAUAAAGUUUUCUAAAUU